UCGGCUCGGCGCCCGCCCGGCUCCGAGCCUUCGCCCGAGGGCUUCGCUUCUUUCUCCCCCUCCUCAUCCACCGCCCGCCCCCAGGGUGCGUGCGCGGAGCCCCGCGGAGAGCUGGAAGAGAUCGGGGACCUAGACCUGCUCGAGGAGUUAGAGGAGGAAGAGGAGGCCAUGGGGAGCGGGGCCAGCGCCGAGGACAAGGAGAUGGCCAAGAGGUCCAAGGAGCUGGAGAAGAAGCUCCAGGAGGAUGCCGAUAAGGAGGCCAAGACGGUCAAGCUGCUCCUGCUUGGGGCUGGAGAGUCAGGCAAGAGCACCAUCGUGAAGCAGAUGAAGAUCAUCCACCAGGACGGGUACACGCCCGAGGAGUGCAUGGAGUUCAAGGCCAUCAUCUAUGGCAACAUCCUGCAGUCCAUCCUGGCCAUCAUCAGAGCCAUGUCCACGCUGGGCAUCGACUACGCAGAGGCUUCCCGGGCGGACGAUGGGCGGCAGCUCUUCAACCUGGCCGACUCCAUCGAGGAGGGCACCAUGCCCCCGGAGCUGGUGGACUGCAUCCAGAAGCUGUGGAAGGAUGCCGGGGUCCAGGCCUGCUUCGACCGGGCGGCAGAGUACCAGCUCAACGACUCCGCCGCCUACUACCUGAACCAGCUGGACAGGAUCACAGCCCCUGGCUACCUCCCCAACGAGCAGGAUGUGCUGCGGUCCCGAGUGAAGACCACAGGCAUCAUCGAGACCAAGUUCUCUGUCAAGGACCUGAAUUUCAGGAUGUUCGACGUGGGCGGGCAGAGGUCGGAGCGCAAGAAGUGGAUCCACUGCUUCGAGGGCGUCACCUGCAUCAUCUUCUGCGGGGCGCUGAGCGCCUACGACAUGGUGCUGGUGGAGGACGACGAAGUGAACCGCAUGCACGAGUCCCUGCACCUCUUCAACAGCAUAUGCAACCACAAGUUCUUCGCAGCCACCUCCAUCAUCCUCUUCCUCAACAAGAAAGACCUCUUUGAGGAGAAGAUCAAGAAGGUUCACCUCAGCAUUUGCUUCCCAGAGUAUGAUGGCCCCAACACGUUUGAGGACGCUGGGAACUACAUCAAGACCCAGUUCCUGGACCUGAACAUGAGGAAGGACGUGAAGGAGAUCUACAGCCACAUGACCUGUGCCACAGACACCCAGAACGUCAAGUUCGUCUUCGACGCCGUCACGGACGUCAUCAUCAAGGAGAACCUCAAGGACUGUGGCCUCUUCUGAGCACCUCCCUGCCAGAAGAGGGAAGGACCCCUGCGUCCUGUCGCCGUUCUGCCGAGCAGAGCCAGAUGGAUCCAGCAGGAGACCCCCAAGGCACCCAGCCCCCGGACCCCAGCCCCCACUUUUU